AGCUGAUAAUGAUCUACGUAGGUCUGACUUCAAAAUCUUGUCCUUUCAUUUUUCUUGGUGCUGAGACCCGCUGAAUAUUUGAGCUUCAAGAAAAAGUCGCUAUUUUCCCUCCUUUUUGCCCUGUUGGUUGGGUCUUAUGUUUUUAAGUGAUGAGUCAAUUCCAAGAUCAGACAGUCUCAAAGACGUGUCAGUACGUAGUCCAAGGAAACUUAUAAGGGAGCUAAUUCAUACUGUCGUCCAAUACACAAUUAAUACCAACGAUGGCAGUAGCAGCAGCAGUAACCGUGGCGGAAUUAGCAGCUGAGACAGCAGCAGAAGCUGCCGCUGAGACGGUGGCAGGUAAAAGACUUCCUUAAUUUUUGUGGUUACAUUAUCCACUGUAUUAUCGACUUGCUGUUAUUAUUAAGUGGUGUAAGAAGUACUUAAAAUAUUGGAACAGAAAUGAGGAUAAGACCGCGGUAGAUGUUUAAUCGGUCCAAAAUAAUAUAUAACGGAAUUUUCAAUCAACUUUAAGAAUUUUACUUUCGCAGAUAUUGUUUUCCACUAAAUGUCUUUGUUAGAGUUUUGCUGUAUAUUGUACUUGCGUGAGGAUUUUGCUUAUAGAUUUUAAAACUUAUUUUAGCUAAUUUUUACCCUUUCACUCCAAUAACAGCAAUAAGUUGCCAAAGCCAAAACUCGGGAAAAUUUCUAAAUUUGAUUUCGUAAAUUGAUGAAAAACAAAAUGAUAAUCAUACUAAGCAAAAGUCAUUUAAGAGAGGAUCAAAUUUGAUUGGGCACACCAAAAGAUUUCGUCCACACAAACACCGCCUUCAAGACUCGCCACUCACUCUGGAACAAGGGUUAACAAGUCAAUUAUUAAGUUCGUAGUUUCCUUUUUCUAAAUUCGUCCCCUUAAAUACGCUUUACAUAUGAAAUAUCCUUAUUAUUAAGAGUAUUAUUGCUUUUUGUAGGGUUAUCCCUGGCUCCAUUGAAAUGUAACCGUUUGUAAAAAAAUUCUAUCAGUUCACCCGGAGGUGGCUGCACCUUAAUUCCAGGACAGUGAAACUUGGUGUACAUUCGACGCCUUUGUUGGGUCUUUGCUCGACUCAAAUUCUCAGGUCUUAACGGUGUGACGUUGCAGUCGCUCACUAGAUUUAAAACAAAGUACUGUUAUGCCCAGACAUGUUCAUUCUUGAGACUAAAUUCGAUUUUUCUAUGGAAUGGAGCAUUCAUCAAAUUGUAAAGUCAAAAUAGCGAGGUUUUCCGAAUUCUUAUUUACACUAAGUUAAAGAUAAACAAAAAGUAAAUCUUUGUACAAGUUUUUAUUACCGUGGCAUGUUUCAUUUCGAAAAUACCGCAAUUUGAACUUCUGUACCGAACUUGUGGGGCACAAAAUAGUUCGCUUAAAUCAUAAAUCCUUCUUUUAUUAAAAUCACCAUCCCCUCGCACAUUUCCUCUCCGACCGAUCUCAACAAAAGGUAAAUUUGCACUAUUCUCUUUUUCAGCUACUCCGAUUUCAAAUGUCAAUCAAAAAAGGAUAACACUAAUACGAUACUAAGACAGUCACAUCCGGUUAAAAUGAGUGUCGCGGCAUUUCCGGUCACGUUUGGUUCACUUCCGAGUUUUCAUAGUGCGUGACACCAAAAUAGGAAUGCUGUCUCGUUGAAAAAACGUCCCUCGGCCUCCUCUUGAUUUUCAGCAGUAUAACCAUUUCAAGUAUUAGAAGAUAUGUUUAUGCGCACGCAUGUUAGUUCCGAGUGAAAAGAAAGAGCUUUUAUAUAAAAAGUGAACUUCAGAUGUUUGUGUUGAUUUCCGGUGGACAUAUUGGUGCUUGCACCAAUAUGGCGUCUCCAUACAAAGCUCUACAAAGGUGCGUGAAACGUUUCGGCAAAUAACUCAGAAACUGUGGGCCACAAAGACCUGAGACUUGAACAAAUUGUUCAUAUAUUAGUUUUUUAUAACAUUUCAUUUUCUUGGCUUCUUCCACCGAACGGUUUCCAAUUUAAUUUUUCGUUGCGUGACAGUGAAAACGAUCUAUAUCACAUCAAGAUCAGAAAUAGUGGGAUUGUCAGCAAAAGGAAAAAAAAUCGUUUUAACUUUUAUAUCAAGCCAAUCGCUACUGCUAAAUCAGCAGUUGGAUGGCAGACACUCGAAUAUAUUUAUGAUAUUCUAAUGACUGAUGGAGUUAAAGCAAAACAGGACAAAAAAAAGCUGAAAAUAGAACAAUGAUGAGUUUUUACUCGCUAUGCUUCGCCUUUAAAUUGGACUCUAUCUCUUUCGAAGAGCGCAGACUAUGAGGCAUUAGAAACUUAUACGCUCGACAUUUCUUGUGUGGAAGUGAGCAUAGAAUUGUAUUGUGUUCUUGCUUACCUUCCCUACAGACAAAAAAACUUCAAUGACUCCACCGAGGACGACCUUUGAUAAAAUUCUAUUAUGUUAUGCAAAAACAGCAAGAUUUUAUUAAACUUGAUCUUUUUCACUUAAAGGAUGGGGUACUUCGCAGCAAAACGUAAAUUUUGAAUUUCAUGUAUACAACGAAAGUAUUCCAAGACGAGAAAGGCCCUUGAAGAUUGCUUUCUUCUAAGGAAUAAUACUGUAGUUUGGCGGUUAUUCCGUUUAUUCAUAUUUUCCCUGUGUAUUGAUGAUACAGGGUCAAGUACAAAAAAGUACUUAACAAAAAACUAACCGGACGUUUCCGAGAAGAUCUUUUAAGAAAGCUAGGAUUUUCCAGGAAAGUUGAGACAACAAGACGGCUUUCAUUCUCCCGAGAUAUUUUAAUCGGACUGUCUUUCUCUUGGCUAUUGUAGUUGGUCAUUUUUACUGAUUUCCUUGUUUCUUUCUUUAUUUUUUUCUAGAUUCUAUAAUAUGCGUUGUUCUUUUGACUGAUUAUUACUAGUGAAAGAAUUCUUUUAUUGUUGUUGUUUGUUUGUUUGUUUCUUGCUAAGAACGCAUAAGGUACCCUUUUUACACAUAACCAUCAAGGAAUACCAGCUGCAACCAGGGGCGUAGUGUACGCAGGUAGAAGCCAAAGUAGACUUGAUACACUUUAUAUAAAUUCCGGAAAAUAUCAGACAGUUGGCAAACGUUGUGUAAUUUUUGCCGAUUUACUUGAGAGAUUCUAUUCUAUAACGACUGUGGAUGAGUUUUCAUUUACUUUAAUGUUAGUAUUAUCAUUAUCAUUGUUUAUUUAUUUAUUUAUUUUUUGUCAUGACUUAAUUUAAAAUACUGAACUGUGUCAAGUGGUAUCGUGUUACUAGAAAUGAUCGCAUCUGAAACGCAAGGUAUGUAUUUGCGAAAGCGUUCUUUAGUGUUAUAUACUGCGUAUUUUUUAUUUCAAAUAUAUCUGUAAAUUAUGUACAUAUUUUCAAAGUGAAAUGAACAACUCAUUUUUCAUUAUUAUUAUUAUUAUUAUUAUUAUUAUUAUUAUUAUUAUCAUUAUUCAGUAUUAUUCAGUAUUAUCAUCAUUAUCAUUAUCACCAUCAUUAUCAUUAUUUUUAAUAUUAUGAAAUUAUUAUUAUCAUUAUUAUUAUUACUAUUAUUAUUAUUAUAGUCAUUUUACGAUAAUUCUCUUAUGUACACAAGAAGAAUGUACAUAGGGUAUAUAUUUUAAUAUUUCAUAUUCUUGGUUAGAAUGAGGUAGAGGUCUAUUUGAUGAAGAGUAUCUUUCGCAGGAUAUAAGAUGUUCCUCAUAUUGUAAUCUUCUGUUGCUCAUGUAUUAAUUUUCAAUUGAUAUUACCCUGGAUCUGUUGGAUAUAUUUCUCCAACCCUUUCUUUAUUAGUCCCAGGGCUCCUAUCACUGCUUGAGCUAUUUCGGCUUUCGCCCCCCACAUUUGCUCAAUCUCAAGUUCAAGGUCUUUACUGAUUCUGACAGUUUUUCAGUUAGUUCAACGGAAGUGUUCUUUCCUGUGGGGAUGGACAUCUCAAUGAGUGGUUAGCUUUUUUCCUAUUUGUUCUUGAAUUCUUCUUCUUCUUCUUCUUCUUCUUCUUCUUAUUAUUAUUAUUAUUAUUAUUAUUAUCAGUAGUAAUAAAAUCAUUAUCAUCAUCAUGAUCAUUGUCAUUAUUAUUAUUAUUAUUACAUAGUUUAUGAUUUUACAAGAGAUGGACUGGAUGAUUUACUUACGGAUUUUUCAUACUGGUGCUAAUGAACGAUUUAAAAGAUCAAGUAAGGUUUUCAUUCGCCGUUCGUCAGACAUUGUUGGGUGAAGUGAGAGAAAAAGUGAGCAUAUCUAUCUUUCCGACAUGUUUUGAGAUUUUUCCCUUAAGUAUCCGUAAGUAUCAUAACUCACUUCAUAAGUCCAAUCAAGUUCACAAAUUAUAUUAUCAUUUUUCUAAGAUCAAGCGAUUAUAACGAUUGAUUUUGACUCCUCCAGAACUGAUUUUUAUCAGGUUACACACUUUGGACUCGAAAAGCCGAACGUUUUUCAAAAGAAAGGUUUUGCUAACAGGAUCAAAGAAGUUAACCUGAGAAACUAAGGGUGAAUAAAUAUUUUCUAUUUUUCUUUUUGCAUCCUUUUUGAUUCUCUGUAGAAACAGCAGCAGAAACUGUUGCCGAAACGGUAGCCGAAAGUACAGCAGAAACAGCAGCUGAAACGGCGGCCGAAACAGCGGCUGAAACAGCAGCUGAAACGGCGGCCGAAGAAGCAGCUGGGGUAAGAUAAGUAUACACACAGUAGUAGGUAUGAUGAGAUUUUUUUAUCAAUUGUAAGCCUCUUAGAGGCGAUUACCAAACUUAGAAAAUAAUGUGUUCUUCAUGAAAAAUUGCGCGCGUGGGGUAUUUAUGCACGGGUUUGUUGAAUUAUUGAAUACCGUAGAAAUUAAAGUACUUUCCUUGUGUUAUUAGGAACUUAGACAUUCAUCAUUCUGCCAAAGUCUUCAAAUUUGUUCAAAAUACGUAAAUAAUUAAAUCUGCCACUAAACAUCGGAAAAGAAAAAACGACGUUUUAAACUUUUAAUCUGAGAACUGGUAGCGAAAAUUACAGUGAUGGUACGAUAUGAGGUGAUAAGUGAAUCACAAGGAAUCUUAACUUUUUGUUCUAAACUUUCAAAGCAAGAAAUGAGUUGAGAAAACAUUUGAUAAUUGGAUAGGAAUAAAAUAUUUUGCAAUUUCCCUUUUAAUUUGACUCAUUUGACUUUAAAUUUAACACUGUGGAAAAAUAAACGGGAGCUUCAACAGUCAUUUUCAUGGCGUAAUGUGAAAAUACUAAAGGUUGUAUGAUUAUGGGCGUUGCUGGUCAUGUGACCUUAAGAGGCACAGUGUGAGCUCCAAAAAUUGAUCCAAUCUUAAGCACAUCUGUUUAAGUAAAAAAUGAAAGGAGGUGGCAGACAAAACAAGAAAAAAUGAUAAAAGCCCAAAAUCACUCAAGUUCUUACGCGAGACGACACUCACAUAGCUUUCCAGUGAGUAUAUGUUAGCAUGUUUCUAACUUGAUCUUUUAUAGUUCAUAAUUACUCCCUCUUUAAUGAACAAGAAAAUAAUCUAGUAAAAAAAAACGUAUCAAACGUACAGUGUAUGUCAGUUUUCUUGCGUAAUUACUUAUCAAGGUCAUGAUUUUAUAUCUCUAGGAAAGUGCAAUGAGCGGCGUUAUUGGGAAAGUAAUCAAAGUAACGGCCAUCGUAGGUAUUGGCCUUGCAGUCAACUCUCUCAUUCACUGCAUAAAGGCCAAGACAGGAGCCGGAAUGGAAAAGUCCCCUUUGGACCCAGAUACAAAGAGCAGUCUUGAAAAAGUUCAGAAUGCCUUGGACAAAAUUACCGGUAAAUAGCUUCGUUGGCUCAAAUCCCUCAGCUAAUUCAGCUAAGUGUUGACCAUUUUUGGAAGAUGCGAGCUAUAAUUAUACCGUCAAUAAGAUAGCAUACCGACUCGCAAUAUUAAUUAAAUCUUAUUUCUGUAUAUUCUCCUGUAAUCUAAGGCUGUUUUCAAACUAUACCAGAUGCUUUUGUGCCUGCACAAAAACCAAACCGUAGAGGGCUUUUUCCUUCGCAUAUAAGAACGGUUAUUUCGGCGCGAUUUCUGUAACCGAGCGAAUCUUCACUGGGCCUCGCCGAUCUCUGAAAUGGAGUCACAUAUUGGAUAGAUGUUCAUACUAUACAAGAGGGCCUUUCGUGACGUCACGAAUAGUUAUCCAGUAUAGUGUGAACAUAGCCUAAAAGUAAUACUUGCAUUUAAGGGGCCCUUUUCAUGACGACGAAUUCCUAAAUCCACAAUCACAUUGUCCAACCAUGCCAGCUAUAUAAUAGAGAAUGAUGAUUAUCACCUGCUGGGGUCUCAUUAGACAUAAGGCAACAUGAUAGGAUGAGGGUUGAUAAUUGAUAAUCCGUUUUAAGAUUCAUAAACAUUAAACAUGUCUCAGCGGACUAUUACUCGCACCAUAUUGAAAUCGGUAAUCGAUGGUAAAUCAUAAGUACACCAUUCCGGUGCAUGCCCAAUUGGAUUAUUUCAGGUCCAAUAUCUCCGAAGUUUGAGCAUUCAAUACGUCUCCAUUAACGGAGAUAACAAAGAUAUGGAAAAAUAAUUGCCAAAGAUUUAUCAGAAAAAGAGAUGGAAAUUUGUUAUGAGCAAUGUUAUGUUGACAUCGGAGUUGUCAAAGCAACGAAAUGACGUCACUUUCCAUUUCACUUGCAGCCCUGUUUCUCGGCACUGAAAGUCUCCCUUUUUCAUAAUUGAUCAGGGAAGCUUGUUCCUCCAUACCUGCCCCAAUGUUCGUGAAGUUUGAGCGAGACCUAUGAAAGCUUUUUCGAGGUAUUUUGGGAUGAAAUUUUUAUGGUUAGAGAUAUAGUAAAAACUGGACAAUCUUGAUGUCUGAAUUUUUUCAGGCUUUCUUUUCGCAGCUGCAUGAGCCGCCUAUUUAACUGCAUGUGAUGAUCUUCUUUGCAUUUAAAACUUGUUAAGGCAAAAUUCGACAUGCAGACAAUAUUCAUGAUACUUCCCUGAAACGUAGGGGUUUAGCGAAAUAAUCUGACCAGAAUAUCUAAGUACAGUUUUGCAAUCAUUGUUUGAAGCAAUCAUGGGAAGAUGGAACAAAACACUCCAGGGUUUAUCCAAGGAUGUUGACUUUGGAACGACUGCAGUGCAAGUGAAAGGACAGGAACAGUGUGUCAAGGUCAGCAGUUUGUUCUGGGGAAUCUUGAAUAACAUCAAGAAGGUACAGUCAAUAAUGUCUUGUUGUUCUGUUUGUAAAAAGUUUAAAACACAAAAGUAGUAAGUUAAAUAGCCAUAUUCUUAUUUUCCUAGGAUCUUGGAGAUGCUUGUAAGAUCUCCUCUGAGUGCUCAGAGAACUGCCAAUGGAAAGCAAACCUGGAGGUGUUUACUUUACACAUUGUGAACUCUGUCACAGGAAUGCUGGCGAUUUGUGACCUGCGAAAGAGGAACCAACGUCUUCAGAAGUUUGGGUAAGCCGUGUGACUAAAACUGAUCUACUUUAAAGGUUGGAUAUGAUGGUGCAGUUCAUUGUAGUCCUCCAGUCCUCCAUUAUUGACUGUGACUUAUAAAUUUUCCCAUAUACCAUAAUUUAUAACUUAUAAAUUUUCCAAUAUAUCAUAAUUUAUUGUGAGGAAGUCACAUUUGAGGGUCAAAUGGUAGUCCUUGUAAAACAGAAAAUACACCAUACCAAAAUAACUAUCUUGCCCAACAGUGGGUCUAAUUAGCAAAAAAACAACUUUGCACUUACGGCACACUUUUUUGUGCAUUUAUUUGCCGUUGUUUUGCACGACUAAUAAUUAUAUAACAAUUACUCAUAACAAUUAUUCGCGCCUCCGUAAAUACCACCACUAGGCACCGACACGGAGGGAAAUAAUUGUUUUUAAAAAUUAGUAUAUACUAAGACAGUGAGAUAAUUGAGCUAAAAAUGAUGAUUUCUAACUGAUUGAUUGCUGCCAACGAUUACAAUUUUGGCGGGCAUGUGAUCCAUCCGGUGGCGAUCACGUUUUCUUGCCGAUACAUAUAAAAACUUUCGAAGGCAUUAGUUUAGCUGUUGCGGAGACAUUUCUUAAAAAAAAUUGUCAAUUUUUUCUGUAUUUGAAAUCAUUCUGAAAAGAAAAAUUCAUUUAGUUAUUUGCCAACUUGUCAGCUUAUUAAAGUAACGCAAGACUUAAUUUGCAUUUGUAAACAAGAAAAUUUUUCACCGGUUUAACCGAUAAAUUCAGGUUAAACAGACAAAGCUUUACCUGUAAAAACUGCCAAACCGGACUUUGUCGCCUUCUUCGUGUUUUUCGGGAACAGCUGUUUCGUUUAUUUGUGAAAUGUCUUCGUUUGAUGCGGCAGUAAACCGAGAAGCCAUUUUGUUAGUAACUUACGCGAGUUUGACGUCGCUCGGAACCUGGAGAUGAAUCAGUGAAUGGCACUAGAUAUCUCGAGUUUGAGUAGCCAACCAGAGCGCGCGAAAAAACAUUAUCGACCGUUUUAGUAUACGCUAAGUAGAUUUAGCCAGGGCUAAAAGCGAAGCUCUCCUUACUAUACUUACAAUUUACUCACACAAAAAAUAAAAUCGUGUAGUGCUUAACGCGAAGGCAACGAGAACGACAAAAAAAAAAAAAGAAAAACGAACACAGUUGAAACAAACAAACAAACAAAAAGAAAAAGCUAUAGGUCUAAAGGUGAUGUUACAUGGGACGAUUUGCAACGACGAUUUUUAGCGCAACACAGGGUUCAAAUGUUGGAACAAUAUUGCAGCCAUUCGAAACAAUGUAACAACAACGUUGUAACGCUGUGUUGCGCUAAAAAUCAUCGUUGCGAAUCGUCCCAGGUAACAACACCUUAGCGAGUAUAAAAAGAGCUUUGCACGUGCAGCACACUUUUUUGGACAUUUCUUUGCCGUUGUUGUUGCACAACUACAACGUGGAGCUUUCUAGUUACACGUUUUAUGGAAGAAAUGUCGCAUGUUCAAACAAAAUUUUGUUGGUUGUGUUUCUGUUUGCUUCUUCCUUUUUCACUGUCACUCAUUUUUACUUUACUCCCGCUAAUAUUUCUCAUUUUCUCACCACAGCUUUAAAAUUUUCAUGUUUUGUUGCUAACGAAGUUCGUCUCCUUUGGUUUUUUUGGGUUUUUUUGUUUUUGUUUUUUUGUUUUAUUUUUUUUUUAGUUUUGUUUUUUUGUUUUGUUUUGUUUUUUUUUAUCUCUUGCUCUAGCUCUUUCUCUUUGAGCCAUGUCAACGUCCGGCAAAAAAAAUUUAGUCGAGAAAGAGGCUUUUUUCUCUCUCCCUCUCUCUCCCUGGAUCUCUCCCCCUCCUCCUCUCUCUCUCUCUCUCUCUUAAAGUCUGGGUGGCCAAGAGGACCAUAACAUGGACGUCUAUCAUCAAGUUAAACACAGGUUGCAGGCUCCACACAAAGUUAAAAACAGGUCAAUUCACAUUGGUAACCCUGUGAUGCGGACGGACGGGCGGACGGUUGCGUGACUACCAAAAUUUCUCGGAUGCAUGAAUACCCAUAUUUUCUUAGUAGACACACUGAAUUCGUCUACUCAGUGUAUAUUUUUGCUGGUCAGGUCUUUUAUAGAUCCUACGUUUUGCGGCAUAUUCUUUUGCGGUCCUUUGCAGUUUAAAUGCCAAAUUUUCUUCCCCAUUUUGCUCCCCCACAACGUGACACUUCCUAGCAACGCAUUUUAUGGAGGAAAUGUCGCAUGUAUUUCUGUUGGCCUUUUUUUUUUUUCUUUUUUUUUUACUGCCCUUCAAUUUCACUUCGGUGGCCGCAAGAAUUUCUCAUUUUCUCACCGCCGCUAUAAAAAAGACUCCGCUUUGUUGUUUUGUUGUUGUUACUUUCUCUCUAAUAACCCUAGUGGCCAUGCGAUUUACAGCCGAAAUGGGCGCGUGCUUGAAAUGCAAAAUUUCACCCACAUGAAGGGUGGAACUACGGACGUACGUAUGGACCAUUUUGUCAGAACUAAAAUUUAUUGGAUGUAUAGAUAACCAAGUUUUCUUACCCAUAGUGCUCUGCUAUAAAUGUUUUGUUUGUUAGGAUACCCUCAGAAGGCGAUUUACGAGCCCUUCGAGACAUUUUGGAUGCUGAUUUUCCUGCCUGGAAAGAGUAUAUUAAAGCACAAGUAAAAAGAAAUCUUGAUAAAGAGUUGGCCAAAGAGAUAAAAGCCAACGUAAAGAAUGCUGUUCUCCCAAUUGUUAAGAAGCCUAUAAAGGAGGUAGGACACUUUUCCUUUCUCGCCAUGUAAGUGUAGAAUGUUAAAAGGGUGAGUCAACAGGUGGAUGGUUUUUUUCGCAAUAAUAUUCUGAAUGGGGGUGAAGUGGGAGCAUAUAAAUUUCGUAGAAAAACUCUCACAUAAACAGGGAUCCAUUUAAUAUAAUCAUAAUCGUAAUCAUAAUCAUAACUGUAGUAAAAUUGUUAAAUCUGAUUGGCUAUCAACUGCCCCGAUUUCAGCCUUAAUUGGAUAGUUUAAUAGGACAGUACGCGUCAUGCCUAAGUAAUUGGACAGUACGUGCCAUCACGCGCCCGCUUAAAUGGCUUUUUUUUUUCACUGCUAGCAAAACAAAAUUUCGAAUUUCUUGUGUUUUGAUUUAAAAAAUAGCCUAUUAUAUCACAAAUUUUGUUCAAGUUAUGAUUAAUUGGUAAGAGAACUUCGUGUCGUCCAAUUCGGUCUGUAAUCAUACUCGUGAUUAAACAAAUCGGACUUCCGCUACGCGGUCGUCCGAUUUUGUUAAUCACUCGUAUGAUUACAGUCCGGCUUACCGGACGUUUCGUACCCACGGACGUUUCGUACCCAGACGAUUCGUACCCAAAGUUGAGAUGAUUCGUACCCAACGCUAAGAUGAUUCGUACCCAAAGCUUAGAUGCUUCGUACCCAAAGCUUAGAUGAUUCAUACCCAUGUAAUAACCAAGUCUUCAUGUUGUAAACAGUGUGUUUUCAUAGUUUAAGUUAAAGCUUUCACUAAUCUGAAGUCUCACCUCCUCUAGUAUCGGCGCCGCUCACGCGUCACGAGUCUACACAAAGAAAGUGAGCGGUGGUUAAUUUCAUCUAACUCGUGUGAGAGCGAACGAGUUAACAAAAUGGAUCGCGUGAAAGCGCAUGAACUAACAAAAGUUUAUGAUUCGACAAGUUCAGACAUCGACAUAUAAAUUGGACCCAGCCGUGAAAAGUGGGAACAAGCUAAUUUCGUGUAAGUACCAUUUCCUUUUGAGUUGUAUGUUAAUGAAGAGUCUCACCUCCUUUAGUAUCUGCGCCGCUCAUGCGUCACGAGUCUACGCAAAUGAAAGUGAGCGGUGGUUAUAAUUUGAUCUAACUCGCGCGUAGGUAACGAGUCGUUCUGAUUUAUAUAAAUGUUUAUUUUAGAUUGUUUUGAGAGAGAUAUGAUUAAAAAUGUGUUACUAUCAAAACGGCAGUUGGUUACGAAUCAACUCAGCUUUGGGUAGGAAUCAUCUUAGCGUUGGGUACGAAUCAUCUCAACUUUGGGUACGAAUCGUCUGAGUACGAAACGUCCGUGGGUACGAAACGUCCGGAUUCCACAGUCCGAAUUGGACUCCACUCAGUCCUGUUACCAUUACUACUACUACUACUACUACUACUACUACUACUACUACUACUACUACUACUACUACUACUACUACUACUACUACUACUACUACUACUACUACUACUACUACUACUACUACUACUACUACUACUACUACUACUACUACUACUACUACUACUACUACUACUACUACUACUACUACUACUACUACUACUACUACUACUACUACUACUACUACUACUACUACUACUACUUAUUUACUUAUAUAGCACUAUAUCCAUAAAAUAAUACCCUACACUGCUCGGGUAAUAGAUCCGUUGUAUGAUUCCAGCUUAUCAGAAUGUAGAUCCAUAUUUGACGGCUUCAAAUCUGUUAAUUGUGAUAAGUUGUCUUCACUGGAGAAGGUCCUCUCUGAUGAUAGUGACCUUACUUUCGAAGAACUUGACGAAUCGAUCCGCCAAUACCUCAACAGUACUGCGGCCAUGUGGAAAUUGUUUCUCAGUAGAUCCACUAUUAAGACUCUGAACAAUCCUAAACAGUUCUUUCCGAUCUGUGGCACAAGAGCCAAUCAGCUCGGAGUAGUAAAUUUUCUUUGCACUGGAUAUAAGAUUGUUCACCAUAAUUGACUUCUGAGCGCAGGCCUCCCUAUCAACAGUCAAACCAGUUGUCCUCCACCUUCUAUCACAGCGCCUAGGCUCAAACCUCUGCUCACGAAUUUCCGGGGUUAGCCACAGAGCAGCGGGGCGCAAGAUAACAACCUUCGUCUUAAGUGGAGCAUGCUCAUCAAGUAUUUAGCCAAGUGUGCUCUCAUAACUAGCAACAAAGUCAUCAACUGGCGAGUCUGGUAUUACUUUUAAUAAUCCUGAGUCUUCAAUCAGUAUUGACCGAGCUAUAUCAAUGCCCCUAGCUAGUUUUACGAAAAGAUGACUGUUUCCUAGGAAAGGAAGGUUUUGUAAUCAGAAGUUUACAAUUAACGGCAAAAUCUCGGGAUCCAGCACCCAUGGUUUCUGUACCAAUCUAUUUUCAGAUCUCGUAAUUAUUAAAUCCAGGGUGUGGUCCCUCUUGUGUGUAGCAACAUUAGUGUGUUGCGUAAAGUCAAAUGAGUUGAGAAUCUGGCUGAACUUAAAACCGGGCUGAUUAUUCUGAUCAUCAACGUGACAGUUAAAGUCUCCAGCUAAAACCAGCUCCAAGCAGCCUCGAUUUGGCGAUAGAAGUUCCAACAGGGCAGUAAAACUCACUAUAAAAGAUCUCAUUAGUCAGCUUGUUUGCCUUUGAAGGCGGUUGGACGAUAUAAUACGAUCAUACGGAGCAAUUUCGCGUGCGAUUUCAGCGAAAUGUCCAUAUGUUCAAAAGACACAAACUUCUCUUGUGUAUUUGUAGUAACUUUCAGUGAAGCCUUGAAAAUGAUGAAUACACCUCAUUUUCACUAGCCUGCGAAAACAUCCGUUUCUCCUCGCUCUUCGUCGCUGGGGACGUUUCGUGCGGAGGAAGGUCUGCGACUCAGCGACAGAAACUCCAUACUGAUGACGUAAAAUCUGUCCGGAAUCCGGUCAGAAGCGCUGAUUGGUCGACGGAGUAGCUAUUUUGUUUUAGCUAUUGUUCACGAAUGACAGGCAAAAGACGAAAGGCCAAAAAGGUCAAAUGUAAACGAGAAGAAUCUCUAACAAAACAGUCAAUAUUUGUGGAAUAUAGCCUUCUCUAGAAGAAGCAUUUGAGUUUUACUGGAGUUUGUUGGCAGAUGGACACAACACUUUACCAAAAUCGACCAGAAGACACGAAAAAUUGGACAAAUUUAUAUUUGGAACCCCAUGACUACCAGAUUUAUUAUGUAAACAUUGAUUUGCGUCAUCAGUAUGGAAUUUCUGCCGCUGAGUCGCAGACGUUCCUCCGCGCGAAACGUCCACAGCGGCGAAGAGUGAGGAGAAACGGAUGUUUUCGCAGGCUACAUUUUCACUCAAAAAUGGCUUGUUAGCUGCUACUUGUGACGUCAUAUCUCGAGCCAUAGUCAACCAUCACUAAACUUGUCUCAAAAUUCGCGCGAAGGAUAAACGAACAGCUACAGAAAACUUCAAGUGCUGAUGUUUUAUCUAUAUUAAUUUUACUCUCGAUAACUCGAACCAUGUUUUGAGCCCUUAAAAAGUCGAAAGAAAAAAACAGUGUACUGGCGUCCGAAACAUUGAAUUUUGAAUUUCCCAUUGACGUGUUCUAGGCAUAUAGUUUACUAGUGGAGGCUUUGUCACAAAUCUAAAGUGAAACAACUUUACUUCUCAAAACAGUAGAUCGCAUCAGUGGCGGAUCCAGACCUUCAGAUAACAGGGGGGGGGGGGGUCAUCCAGACCCUGAGAUAAGUUUGGGGGGGGUGGUCUCAAAAAAAUUUUUUUCGGCCCUUUGGACCUCAGUUUGGUCUAAAGAAAGGGGGGCCCGGCAACCCCGGGCCCCUCGCCUGGAUCCACCACUGCGCAUGCUCUAUUUAGGCAAUGUUUUGUUACGUUAAGUUCUGAUUUAUAAUCUAAAAGUAUCUUCUCUGAUCUUUCAGUUGUCACUUAACCUUUUUACAAUUAAAUGAGUGAUGAAAAUGUUCUCUGUGCAGUAAAAACUGUUUUUGUCGACCUCCCGAUAACUCGAACUUUUUUCGAUUUCCCUUGCCGAGUUAUCAGGAGUCGACUGUAGUUACAUAGGGUUUAGUUUAAAAUCCUUUAAUGUUUAUAAAUUCACCUUGCAUGCACCAGUCUUGUUUUCGCGCAAAAGCCAACAUCCUCCCUAGGAAGUCUAGGAAAGUCUCUGAAAAAAGUGUCAAUUUCAUCUUCCAGCAAGUACUUGCGAAAGCAAAAGGUGAAAUUCUUCCCGGUAUCAUUAAUGAUGCUAAGGCAAGCGGCAAGAGUGCGGCCAAGAGGGUGUUCGAUGAUCGCCGAGGUCACAUCAUGGCGACAGGCUGUAUUCCAUUCUAUGGCUGGGUCAAGGCUCCAAUGCUUAUCGCUGAUGCUAAGAGAGACGCUAUCAACAAUGCUAAACAUGCUGCGGAAGAAACAGUCAACAGCGAAUUUCACUCCGCUGCUGUUAAGGUAUGCUGACAGAACCUAAUAGACUCUAAUUGGAACUGUAAUUUGUUUACCAACGAAACACUUAUGUUCUUAAAGAACGUCCAGAUUGAAUUGGAAUUUGGAAGUUUUGUUUUUUUUUUUAAGGAGAGGGAAAAACCGGCAAGGGUUUUGUCGACUCUCUCUUAACGGACACCUAGAGUUGGUCCCUGCCUUAAUUUUGUUUUACUCCCUUCAAUUUACUCUCUUUAAAGACGGACAUCAUUGUUACGGUAGACGGAAAUUAGUGCCCGUCCCAAGGGUGUGCGUCUUAAAGAGAGUUCAAUGUAUCCGGAAUAAGACCUUUCAGAGCAAGGGAGAGGACCAAGAACAAACGCAACUCACAUAUGGCGUCCACGCCAGGAUUUGAGUCCGGGCUACAUUGAUGGGAGGCAAGUGCCUUCACGACUAAGCCUUCCCUGACGUCUUCCUUGUUCCCUUUUACUAAAGUUAACAAAAGAUGAUCGUGGUUACUAAUUGAAAUAUUUACUGAUUCCCUUUACUUCUCGAUUGGGUUAGAUUUUAGUUGCUUUAAGAAACAAACACGAUGAGGAUCAUGAAUAAGAUGAUAAUGAUCGCGCGUUAUAGGUGAUAGUAUUAAACAUUUGGUUUAUUUAUGAUAUUGAUGUAUAUCAAACGCCACCGACAAGCGCCUGUCUACCGAGCGGGAGCCCGCUGGUUCAAAUCCCGGCCGCACCCAACACUCACGGUCUUUAAAUAACUGAGCGGGAAAAAAAAAAAAAAGAAUAAAUAAAAUCAAUAAAAUAAAUACAAAAUGAAUCAAAAUUGAUUUUGUUAGCUUUGAAUAUGAAAUCACGCCAACUCGCGUUUUCCUUUAGGUGCUCCAGAAUAAACACUGUUACUUGACCGAACAUUAGAGAAGAUGUUCUAGACUGACGGUGUGCGUAAAGAAUAAUAACGCAUUUUAAAAAGAGCUAGGAUUUUUUAGCUAAUACAACCCAUAAUCUGCACUUCUCCAAUAAUUAAUUUUUAAUAAGCUUUUGGUACUGUACUGUAGUAUGGCAAUCUUGGUACUCCUUAAAAGUAGUGUCUAAAAAUUAAUAUUAUGCAUUCUUUUUCAGAAUCAAAUGAAGGAAAUCUCUACUAAAGUCUCAUCUUCAGUGUUUGCUCAACACAAGAGUCAAGUGAACAAAGCAAUAAAAAAGGCUGUGGAAGACACAAUGGAAACUCAAAAGCCUAUUAAUGAGCAGUUCGUCUCUGAGUUUAGUGAGUAAAAUAGUAUUGUAAAAUUCCGAGACAAAAAAAGUACAAAGUAAGUCCCGCAAGAAAAAAGUUCUCUCGGCCGUAUGAUAAAUACUUUGUUUAACAACCUUGUUCGGUCAAUAUGGUUAGUAAUUGCCGUGGCUUCCUUGUUGUUGCUAUGUUGUCGUGUUUUGUUGUUGUUUUUUUUUUUCUUUGCGUUUUCUUAACUUCGACUUCGUUCAUAACAAGGUAAACAUAAAAAGGGGAAAAGAUCCAGUCCUCUUGACCUAACGUUUGGACUGAGCACAAGGGGCGUGGCUAACUGUAUGCCAAAACAAGAUUGUGUUCCUGAAAAAUGUUAAAGGUUGAUAAAUAUGUAGAAAAUUAAAAAUGGAAAGAAACUUUAAACUGAGCUAAAUAUUAAACAAUUGCCGAAUAGUGACUAUGUAACUCUGUUUUGAAUGCUGUGUUUUUUCCGACUUUGCAAACACACUAUGGUGACGUAACUGCUGCAUGUAGAACACGCGGUACGGUUCUACAAUGGAGAGAGAUAAUUACGUCUGCACACCGAUGACGAAUGCAAAUUUAAUCAAGUGAGUUAUCUUCCUGGCAACUAUUUGGAUAAUUGCAGGGCCAAGGGAUGUUUGUGCGUAUGUCUGGGAAAAUUUUGGCCUCGCCUACGUGCUCUACUCUACAGCCGAUAAAAUCUCAGAUAAUGUCAACGAAAAGAAUUUUUAAUUGCAGGUGUCUAAAUCACUGUAAGUGUGCAUGUUCGUUACAGUUACAAAGGUUGAAAGAAAACUAUUCCUUCGGCAACUAUGCCGAAAGCUCGUGCAGACCAUUUUUAGUGUAAGGUUGUUUGAAGCCACCAGCUAGUUCUGCUGAACAAGAACAAAAAUGUCAUACCCUGUAUUUGCAGCUAGUUGCUAGAUAUAUUUUUGCGUGCCAGAUUCUAAGAUAAACUAGAGACGUCUCAAAAAAAGGCAAGCGAAUAUUAGAUGCGCGUGCUUAGGGCCCAGGGGGAAGGAGGCGGUUAUUUAAGUGAGUGGUUUCGCAAUCUUAAAUAAAUGAUCAAUAGUGAUGCUAGUUUUCUUUGGUUACUGUUCAAGGUGUUUUUUAUGCGUUUCAAUGGCUUUAUUUUGAAUUCUUUCAUUCGCGAAAUAAAUUUGAACUUGCUUCUUGACGCGCGAACUGAUCAUAUGUAGAGCUUGGUAGAAUGGCUUUUAUUGAAAACUGAAUCAUUAGAUAACUCUAUUCUAGAGCUCUGAUUGGCUUAGCCAUCAUGGUAUAUGAGCCAUUAUACCAUGCCCUCUAAAUAUGGUAACAGUACGCGUCUGCUCAAAAUUCAAAACAAGCUGUCAAUCGGUUGUUUUUACACUCCCGCUUGUUGGAUAUGAGAUAUCAUAUCCAACGCGCACUCGUAGAAGAAUUGUUAAAUAUACUCUAUAAGCCAAUCAAAACCCUGAAACUGCACUAGAUAAAGAUUCAGUUUUAGAUAAAAUUGUAUAAUUUUCUUUUUUCAUUGUCUACAUUCACAGUUAAUCAGUUGAUGACGUAAAACUCUUUUGCUGAUUUGUUUUUUUUCUUUCAGUGUGAAAGAUGGAACAGUUUGCUGUUACAAACGUGACGUUUGGGAUGGCAGUAAAACCCACAUACAAACAAUUCUUCAACUUUUUAAUUACUUUUGUUGUUGGCUCACCUUAGUUCUAAUAUUAACCUUUAAGAAAUGGCUGCAAAAUAAUUUCUUUAGUAUUCCAUAAGAGCUUUAUCUAAGUGGAAAUAUCAGGUAAUCAAAUAUAUCGAACACAUUUGAUUGUUUAGCUCAAAAGAGGCAAUAACGAUCUUACUACAACAAGAAUCUGAAGAAAGCGGA